AUGGACUGGGACAUGCUGACCAUCAAGGGCACAUGCAGGAAGGUCGAGAAGAGCUACCUGCGCCUCACUGCUGCCCCCGACCCCUCCACUGUGCGGCCACUGGACGUGCUACAGGAGGCGCUGGCCAUGGUGCGGGCAGCGCACUCGCAGGGGGGCGCGGAGGAUGAGGAGGCGGGCGCGGGGGGGCAGGGCGGCAAGCGCGGGUACCUGUGGCGGUGCGACCAGCUCAAGAGCAUUCGGCAGGACCUCACCGUGCAGCGCAUCCGGAAUGAGUUCACCGUGCAGGUGUAUGAGGUGCAUGCGCGCAUGGCGUUGGAAGCAGCUGACAUGCCCGAGUUCAACCAGUGCCAGGCGCAGCUGAAGGGGCUGUACGCGGAGGGGUUGCGCGGGCACAGGGGCGAGUUCCGCGCGUACGCGCUGCUGCACAACGUGCUCUCGCAGGGCCCGCGCUACGACCUGCAGCACGCCAUCGCCAGGGUGACCGCGGAGGAGCGGCAGGACAGCACGAUGGCGCAUGCGCUGAGAGUGCGGGAGGCGUUCAGCCGGCGCGACUACAGCAAGUUCUUUUCGCUCUACCGCCACGCACCCACCCUCAUCCAGCUCCUCAUGGACAUGCAGGUGGAGAAGCAGCGGUUUGAGGCGGUGCAGAGCAUGGCAAAGGCGUACCGGCCGUCGCUGCCGGUGCAGUACAUCGCACACGUGCUGGCAUUCGGGGAUAGCCGCGAUGACAAGGACACCGCACAGCCCGCCACACAGGGGGACGGGAGUGUGGAGGGCAGAGGGGAGGAUGGUGGUGCAGCGGUGCACGAGUGCUGCGAGUGGCUCAAGGCGCAUGGGUGUGUGCUGCUGGCCGAGGACACUGCUGACCCCCUGCUCGACUGCAAGGCGAGCGUGGGGUUGCUGUUCAUGCCGGAGGCGGAGGACGUGGUGCCGCACGGCGAUGCCAACCUGCAGGUCGACGACUUCUUUGCGCGCCGCCCCGACCCCGACGACGACCACGACGCCUGA